UUAUCCUACAUUAUGUUAUGGAAAAAAGUCCAUUCUAAACCAUGAACUCGGUCACGGUUUUGUAGUAGGCUAGUAGUAGCUUUAAACUGUGGAGCUCGGUCGGUCACGGUCAGAACUCGGAACAGAGAGCCGGAACAAUGGAGCUCUACCCAUCCUCUCCCCUGCUCAUCGCCCUCUUGCUCGCUCUGGCUGCCUCAGUCCUGUUCUUGCUGCUGCACGGCCGUCACGGUGGCCAGAAGAACGCGCUCCCGCCCGGCCCGCCGGCGCUGCUCUUCGUGGCCCGGUUCCUGGCGCUCCGGCGAUCCGUCUUCCACCUCGGCCCGCUCCUCCGCGACCUGCACGCGCGCUACGGGCCCGUCGUCUCCGUCCGCCUCGCCCGCACGCUCGUCUUCGUCUCCGACCGCCGCAUAGCGCACCGCGUGCUCGUCCAGGGCGGCUCCACGUUCGCCGACCGCCCGCCGCUGGGCGAGCCCGGGCUGCUCUUCACCACCGGCGGCCGCGACAUCAGCACCUCGCCCUACGGCGCCUACUGGCGCAUGGUCCGCCGCAACCUCGCCUCCGAGGCCCUGCACCCGGCCCGCGUCGCGCUCUACGCACCGGCGAGGCGGCGCGUUCAAGACUCCCUCGUCCGUGACCUCCUCCGCGGGCGCGACGGCGGCGUCGCCGUGAGGCCGGCCUUCCAGCGCGCCAUGUUCGAGCUGCUCGUGCACAUGAGCCUCGGCGCGAGGCUCGCCCCGGAGACGCAGGACGAGGUCCAGGAGCUGCAGCUGCGGAUCCUCCGCUCCAUCACCAGCUUCCCCAUCUUCUCCUUCUUCCCGGCGCUCACCAAGAGGCUCUUCCGGCGGCGGUGGGAGGGGUACGUGGCCGUGCGCCGGAGGCAGGACGAGAUCUUCCUCCCGCUGAUCCGCGCCAGGCGAGAGCGAGACAGUCGAGACGGCGCUGACCCUCCGUGCUACGCCGACUCCCUCUUGGCGCUGCGCGUGGCCGAGGAAGGCGGCCGCCCGCUCACGGACGGCGAGGCGGUCAGCCUCUGCUCCGAGUUCCUGAACGGCGGCACCGACACGGCGGUCACCUCGCUAGAGUGGAUCUUGGCGGAGCUGGUGAACCGCCCCGACAUACAGGCCAAGGUGUACGAGGAGGUGAAAGCAAGGCCGGAGCUGGAGGACCCGCAGGCGACGCCGUACCUGAAGGCCGUGGUGCUGGAGGGGCUCCGUCUGCACCCGCCGGCGCACUUCCUCCUCCCGCACAGCGUGCAGAGCGACGGCGCCGAGGUGGGCGGCCACGCGGUGCCCAAGGGCGCGGAGGUGAACUUCCUGGUGGCCGACUUCGGGCGCAACGAGGCGGCGUGGACGGCGGCGAGGGAGUUCCGGCCGGAGCGGUUCUUGGAAGGGGGCGAGGGGCACGGCGUGGACCUGACGGGGAGCAGGGAGAUCAAGAUGAUGCCCUUCGGCGCCGGACGCAGGAUGUGCCCCGGCUACACGCUCGGCCUGCUGCACGUGGAGUACUUCGUGGGCAGCCUCGUGAGGGAGCUGGAGUGGCUGCCGCCGGCGGACGAGGAGGAGGUGGACAUGACCGAGGAGCUGGAUUUCACCACCGUCAUGAAACAUCCGCUCCGUGCUCGCCUUGUCCCGAGGACUAGAUGAAGUCCGAAGUGACUGUGAUUCUUGCUCUUUUCAGAUGCUCUACCACUUCCUCCGGCGCCUAAAAUAGUUGUAUAUAAAGUUUUGGUUAAAGUUAAACUUUGUAAAAUUCAAUCAUGUAUACAUCAAUAAAAUUAUAGAUAUAUCUAAUAAAAACUAAUAUUUUUAAAA